AUGGUAAUUGGCAAAGAAGAGCAGAACAAGAAAGACAUCAACAGCCAUUCCACUCCGCAAAUCCCAGGACCCAUCUCCGAGAUCCCUCCAGCCACAGCAUCUGUCGGCACAAAAUGGAUACCCCUUCGGCUAUUGCGAUUCUCGGAUGAAGGGGCGUCCACAACAACCAUCGAGCGGAAGGGAAGGGGAUCCACCCGAAAGGCCCUCCCGGCGGACACUUCCCGAACCAUGCCCAUAUCUAUUGACACUAACCAGGAUACUCGCCAUUUCUUCUCGCCACUUAUUCCCGGGUUUUCUCCCUCACGAAGACACCUCCAAAACUUCUGGAGACCAAAUAUUCUUCUCAUUUUUAUUUCGGUUUCCGAGCAGAGACACCAGGCUGAACUCGCAGUCGCGAAACCGUUGACGACGUCGCAGCCACAACCGCAACCUCGCAACGACGAAGCCAGCGAAACAGUUUCAAGUAGGGCACCGCUCAGGUCUUAUCGCACACCCGGUAAUAGAAAGGAACAACAAGGAAAAGCGGGUUCUGACAUUGCGAAGACUCUCCGAACCAGUCCCGAGCCAACUUCAAGACCAUUUUUCUCUCCUUUCCUCUCAACUUUUCACAACGCCGUCCUCUUCGAGAUUUUGCUAGUCUUCCUGGACUCGAGUGAGCCUUGGACACGAGACCGAGCAACGACUGCAGUCUUAUUGAUGGCGGUUCCAAGGAAGCGAGACGCACAUGGCAUCGCACUUUGGAGGUGCGCCGGCGGCGGCAGCCAGCCCGGUGCUAGCUACUUAGGCAAGCGCCCAGUCGAGAUUGUUCUUCGUACACCUCAGCCGGGGCGUCGAGCUUUUGCAAGUGUGCAAGCCGUCCACUCAGCUCAGCUUCACAUGCAGGUAGGUCAUGGGUAUUACAUCCAGGGGUCCCACAAGACCGUCUUUGACCUGGGCUCGGCCGGUCAUGGUCUCGGAGGUCAUUCAUCUUCUGUUUCCUCGCCUUCGUUCCAGAGUCUCUACGCUUUCUUGUCAAGGGGGUCACCGUUUGACCUUUACCAAACCCUCUGGACUUGGUUCACUGGUCCCUUGAUCCCUUCCUUCUACUUCAUCUCUCAAGCUCCAACAAACACCAACAUCACAAUGCCUUCCGAACAAAAGCCUCUCAGCUGGUGGAAGCGCCACUGCACCCCGCCGCCAGCCAUCAACCGAACUCCCCAAUGUCCAUGUUCCGCCUGCUGGAACGGUAACGGCGAGCACUGGAAGACGACCGUCCCACAGACCACGGCGCCAAAUUACACGUCCAUCCCGAGCCAAGCAGCAGCAAAAGAGACACGGACGAUGGCUCUGCGACGAGAGUCAGAAUCAGACCUGACACCGCUCCGCCGCGAAGAGACUUCGUCGACGACAAACCUCAGCGUCUACUCCCAAGAUAGCAACGCCAGUUCAGACCGCGCCUCUGUCACCGACGUUCACCGCCUAGCUCUGGGAAAGGAAAUCGUCUAA